AUGUGGUGUUGUGCUGCACGCCGCGCCGGGAGCGGCGCCGAACUCGGCUCUGCUGCGAUCAGCGCUGGGGGCUCUUCAAAGGAGCCCACUUGGGUAGAAGCGAGGCUAGCCGAGGAGCCCAAGACGAAAACUGGAAAGGCGCCAAUUGACAACCGGAGCUUCUGCAGAUCACUGCCGGCCCAAGCGGAGCGCGCAGCGGAGGACCUUUGGCAGCUCUCCUCCAUGUACGAGCGGGCUGCGCAGGAGUCGACAGCCAGCCUUGGAUCCGUUGGCGUCCCGUGCUGCCACCCUGCGAAGCUUUGGAAGUCUGGCUUCGGAGGCAUCCGCCAGAUCACAGCUGCCGAAGCCAGACGACAGUACCCACUUGCCUUGGCGAGAGCAGCAAAGCUCCGUGCUCUGCUGCUGUCCAUGCGGACUUGGAGUGAUGGAGACCUAGAGGUGGGGCCUGUUGAAGAAGCCCUGACGUUCCUGCGUGGCUUCGAAAUGCCUGCGCCGGCCACGACAGGUUCCGACCCUCUCGUCGAACUGGCAACCCUGACGUGGCAGCAGCAGUGGCAGGUUCGACACCUUCUGCGCUGUGUUCAGGCUGCUGAGGAGCGGGAUCAGUUGGUCAGCGAGGUGGACGAUCUGGUGGAAGAGCUUGCCGCAGCAGAGGCCCGCCUUGCCGAGAGGAAAGAGGAGGUGGCAAGGGGCGAGCAGGAGCAGGAGGCUCUCGACUCCUACCGUCAGAAUGAGUACGAGCUGAAGAGCUGGGAGUGUGAGCGCCUGGCAGAAUCCCUGGCUGAAAGUCGAUAUGCUACGAAGCAAAUGACCAGCCGGUGGGAGGCCGCCGUUGCAGAAGCGGAGGAGUUGCGAGAGGAGGUUCAAGAGGAGCGCAGCUUCAGGCUUGCCUCUCCUUCCUCGCCACCUAGCCGCCGACGCUCUGCUCCUCCGAGGAAGAGGAGCGACUGGCAGCUACAGGCCCGAAUACAGGAGCUGGAGGCAGGGCUUGUGUGA